AUACAACCAUGAAAGCAAGUGAGCAAACCACUAGCUACCAAGGUGGCAUAGUGGUUUGGAGUUUUGAUGUCUCACAUUCCAACCUCACUAGGUAAAAUUGGGUGGUCAGGGAAAAAGGUUUGAAAACGGUCAUAUGGAUGCCCAGUUAAGCCGCCUACAUGCGAGUAAAUGCCUCAUUUUCGUGAGUAAUCUCAACAAAGACAACCUUAUCCUUUGACCAUAAAAGUAAGUGGCUACUUUCUAAGUGAAUAGUUAUGCAUAUGAACCUUCUUUUGAACUUCUGGGAAGUAUCCAUGAAAUUUCUUGUGUUUCCUAUAAUGGCCCAAUCAUUUGGUUCUGAUUUUAUUAACAAGGUAAAGCAUUAGAGCAAAAAAAGGAAAAUAGUAGAAAUAAUCUAUGGCAGAAUUAGUUUUACCACCACUUUUGCAAGUGAUUUUUGAAAAAUUGGCUUCUCCUCUUAUCCAAACACUUGGUGAUAAAUGUGGUCUAAAUGAAAACUUCAAGAAGAUAGAACAAAUCCUGCCCAUGAUCCAAGCUGUUGUUGAAAGUGCCGAAAAGCGACAAGUUACUGACAAAGUAGUUAGAAUUUGGAUUUCUCAACUCAAAGAUACAGUUGACAAAGCAGUUGACUAUCUUGAAGACUUCACAAACAAAGCAUAUCCUUACUUGAAGCUCGAAGAGAAGUAUGACAUCGAUACAAAAUGGUUGUCAGUCAGAUCAGUAUCUUCAAGCACAGAAAAAGUAAGAAGGGUUCUUGAAGCUUUAGAGACGGCUGCGGCUGAAGGGUUACAGAACCUUCAUUUGAAAGAAGCUGGUCAAGGUGCUAAUGCGAUUUCAGAUGACAGGGCUACUGGAUCUUUUGUUGUUGAAUCUGAAGUUUUUGGGAGAGAUAAGGACAGGCAACGAAUAACCGACUUGUUAUUAAAUGUUUGUGUAGAUGAAGACCAAAGAAACCUUCCUGCAGUCACAAUAGUCGGCAUUGGAGGCAUGGGGAAAACCACUCUUGCCCAGUUGGCAUAUUAUGAUGAUAAAGUUGUUAAACACUUUGAGUUGAGAUUAUGGCUUUUUGUGUCUGAUGUUUUUGAUGUAGAGAAGAUCUUGAGGCGAGUUAUAGAGUCUGCAACUGGUGAGCGAUGCAAUUUAUCAGAGAUGGAUGUAAUGCAGUCCAAGUUUUGGCAGAUUUUACACAAAAAAAGGUACCUUAUUGUCUUUGAUGAUGUUUGGAAUGAAGAUGAAGAAAAGUGGGAUAAGUUAAAGCCGUUGUUUCAAGGUGGAGCUAGUGGAAGCAAGAUUCUAGUCACCACCCGUAGUGAGAAAGUGGCCAUGAUAGUUGAUCCAAACCAGCUCUCCUCUUAUUACCUCAAGGGUUUGGGUGACGCUGAUUGUUGGGCUUUAUUCAAGAGACGUGCUUUUUGUCAAGGAGAUGAAGAUAAAUACCCGAACCUUCUGCAAAUUGGAAAACAUAUGAUAGGGAAAUGCAGUGGUGUGCCAUUAGCAGCAAAAACUCUUGGAAGCCUAAUGCGUUUCAAGAGAAAGGAAGACGAGUGGUUGGUAGUGCAGAAUAGUGAUCUGUGGAACUUAGAUAUAUGUAACCAAAUUGGAAUCCUGCCGUCACUGAUGUUGAGUUAUUUGCACUUGCCAUCACAUCUUAAGUACUGCUUCACAUUCUGUUGUGUUUUCCCAAAGCAAUAUUGGAUCGAAAGGGAGAAGCUGAUUUGGAUAUGGAUGGCACAGGGCUUAAUUCAAUCACAAGUGGGAACUGAGCCAGAGGACACUGGAGACGACUACUUCAGAGAGUUGUCAUGGAUGUCUUUCUUUGAGGAGAUGGAGAUUGAUGGGUACGGUGAAGAUGAAAUGAAGAUGUACAAGGUCCAUGAUCUUUUCUAUGACCUUGCCCGAUCCUUAACCAGAAAUGACAUUAUUACUCUCGAGUCAUCUGGCAUUUCACCUAGUAACAUUUCACAAAUUCGUCAUGUGUCAAUCGAGUCUACCGCGCUUCAUCAGCUGGCUGAAAACUUGCAUCAAGCACAACAUCUGAGGAGUCUAAUUCUACUGUCUUCUGGGGGAUAUGAUGUAGCAGUCCACCCAAAGAUGUUUGCCAGCUUCACCUACUUACGGGUGCUUAUUGUAAGUUACUGUAACAUUCAACUUCCUGAGUCACUUGGUGACCUGCAGUGUUUAAAGUAUCUUGACCAGUCCAACUCUGGUAUCAAGAGUCUACCCAUUCGAGUUAACCUCCUCCGCUCGAUGUUGACUCUCAACCUAUCAAAUUGCUACAAUCUCCAGCAACUGCCUGAAUUGCAUAAUAUGCAAAAUCUAAGGCACCUAAACAUAGAAGGAUGUGAUAGAUUGGCCCAUAUGCCUAAUGGUAUUGAAGAUUUACCUCAACUUCAGACAUUGCCAAUGUACAUCGUGUCCCGUUUGAGUCAUCUGCAGGUACUAGGUCCCCUAAACCUUAGGCGACAACUAAAAAUCAAACACUUGGAAAAUGUUAGGAACACACAAGAAGCUAAGGAAGCCAAUAUAAGCAAGAAAACACAUCUCAAGUCAUUAGGUUUGUGCUGGGGUUAUGAUGACAGUAACCUCAUUAUGAAUCCCAUUUCUAGGGGUAGUCUCUCUUGGUUGCAAAUGGGAAAGAAAAAUGAUGAGCCACAACCCUCAAGAAGAGAUCCAAUGGAUGGUAAACUAGCCGAAGAGGUUCUUGCCUGCCUCCGACCACAUGACAAUCUUGAGAGUCUGCAUGUCUUAGGGUACCCCGGUGUUUUGUUUCCCAGGACAUUUUCUAAAUGGUUGCUUCCCAACCUUUCUACGAUUGAGUUGAUAAACUGUAGAGAACUUUUAUGGCUGCCUAUCUUAGGUCAUCUUCUUACUCUGAAGACACUCCGAAUUGAAGGGAUGAAUAAGGUAGAAGAGAUUGGACCUGAGUUUUAUGGAGAAGGUAGCAAUGUGGCAUUCCCAUCAUUACAAGAAUUACACAUCAAAGAUUUUCCAGUUCUGAAAGUCUGGUAUAGUGAGGAUGACCAAUGCAUAUUUCCAUUACUAAGGAAAUUGACUAUAAAGAAUUGUCCCAACCUGAUCCAGUUACCCAUUUUCUUGUCAAUCCAACACUUGACGCUGCACGCAUGCAAUACAAGAAUACUAGACCCCAUCAGCAAAUCAACAUCACUCUUGACACUUUUAAUACAAGAGUUUUCUGAGUUGUUUACAUUACCAGAAGAAAUACUUCAAAAUAAUUCUCUUCUUUUGUCCUUAGAAAUCAUAUCCUGCCCAAAUCUUCAUUCCCUGCCUUUGGAGUUCCAAACCUUGAAUUUUCUUGAAACAUUGACCCUUCGUUGGUGUCAAAAUUUAUCUUCUUUGCCAAACGGUUUCCAAAAUCUUACUGCUUUGAAGACAUUGGAAAUUACUGAAUGCCACGGGAUUUCAAUAUUAGGUGAGGAGAUUGGAGGUUUGAAAUCUCUAAAAACCUUAUCAAUCGAGAACUGCAGUAACUUAGGUUUCAUUUCAAUGGGGCUGCAACAUCUCACUGCAUUGGAGCACUUGACCAUUAUGUACUGCUCAAGUCUAACCUCUUUGCCAAAUGGUUUCCAGCAUCUUUCUUCACUCAAGUGUUUGACUCUCCUAAAUUGUCCCGAGCUGCAACUUCUACCUGAGAGUCUAAAAUAUGCCACCCGACUACAGCGUUUAGAGCUUCAUAGUUGUUUUAAUCUGAGAUCGCUUCCAGAGUGGUUUGACAAAUUGUCGGCUUUAAGAUCAUUUGCAAUUUCAGAUUGCCAGAAUGUGACUUCUUUACCAGUGGCUUUUCGGCAACUUACUGCACUCCAGCAUCUGUCUGUUCAUCGCUGUCCAAUUUUGGCAAGACGUUGUUGGCUGAAGAAUGGUGUAGACUGGUGGAAGAUUGCUCAUGUUCCCCAUGUAUAUAUUCCUGAAUUAAGUUAAAAUAAUUCUGUAGUAUUAAUUAUUCAUAACCUCUCUGCCCAACCAACAUUCUGUUUUGCGCUUUAGGCUCCCCUACUUGAAGUUUUAUAUGGAUUUGCCUCGCUUCUUGUCAA